AUGUGUUUGCAUCAGGGCCCAGUUUGCGAACUGAUUGAAAACUCCUGUAGCAGAGAGGGCAAAAUGUGGGCUGAGGCCACGUCUACCAGGCUCUGAGACAAAUUCAGGUUCGGGAAGAAAAAAAGGGUGAUUCAGACCCGCAUUUGACCAGCCGGAGCGAAGGUGUGUUAAAGGCACGGGCGGAAACAGCCACCUGUUUGUGGAAGGGGCGGCCCAGAACCAAACCCGGCGGUCUUGGCCCCAGACGAAGCCCUCCGGCGUCGGAGGCGGGUUGGCCGCCCCCCUGCCAUGUGAGAACGGGAACUGUACCCCCAAACCUUCCCUUGAGAAGGAUUUCCAGGCCCCGCCUCGGGAUCAUCAGUAAGGGAAGGGGCGCCGGAAUGGAUAAGUACGAUGACCUGGGCCUGGAGGCCAGCAAAUUCAUCGAGGACCUCAACAUGUACGAGGCUUCCAAGGACGGGCUGUUCCGGGUUGACAAGGGUGCCGGCAACAAUCCCGAGUUCGAGGAAACCCGCAGGGUGUUCGCCACCAAAAUGGCCAAAAUCCACCUGCAGAAGCAGCAGGAGCUGCUGCAAGAGGAGCUCCCGUUGGGCGGCGGGGGGCCGGCGAACGGAGGCGUCCGGUCGGGUUCCCAAGCCCACCAGGCCGGCCUUCCCAGCCUCCGAGAAGCCGUGGGCGGCGGCAGGCUCUACCUGGGUGACGGGGCCUCCAAACCCCCCCUGGCCUCCCUCGUCUCGGGAUCGGGGGGCUUGGCGACGGCGGUAGGCUCCGCCGGUCCGCUGCCCGGGCCGAAUCCGCCACCGCCCGUGCCGCAGGGGCAGCGGGCCAAGAUGAUGUAUCCGGAAGGCCUGAAAAAGGCCAGCCAGGAUUACGGCUGCCGAGACGGCCCCAGGAUCCCGGCGGUCUCGGCAUUUCACGGGCCAGGCUCCGGGGAGCUGGGCGGGGGCGGCUUUCCUUGCUUCCCCCAUGGCAGUUACUGCGAUAGCUACCUGCCGCCAAGGUCAGAGUGGGGAGAAGAGCCAGGCCAGUUCACCGCUGGCAGGCCUGGCGAGGGGAGCUACCUCCCCCAGCCAACCCUGAACUCCUGCCGGGCCUCAGAGAGCGGCUACAGCAGCCUGGAAGGGGCCCAGCCCUGCCGGGGCUAUGACCCCGAUUCAGCCGAUCAGCGGCCGGCCUCCUUCUCCCACCUCCUGAACCCCGGUUUGCCUCCCACGGGGCCCGAGGCGGAAACCUCGGCCGGGCUGCCCCAGCAGAGGCCGUUGCCAUUCUCGGCCCCGGGAGCUCGAGGAGACCCUCUGAGGACGAAACCUAGAGGAGAGAAGCAGGCCUGUGCGGCUGUGGGCGAGUCCAACGGUGAGCCCCAGCUCUGGCUCCAGGGCAGCCCCGCGUCUUACAUUUCCAGCUCCGUCCCUGCCCCGCUGCCCUCGGGCAUCGACCGUGAGCCUCCCGGCGCUGCCUGUCUCAAACCCUCCGGCCCCCCGGGAGCCCACGGCCAGAACCACGGGCCCAAUUGCCCAAAUCCCCGACCCGGCUCCGGUAGCCUCCCCUCCGCGAGGCCGACGGUUUCCGAUGCCCCGCCGUCGCCUUUUGGAGACGGUCCGAGGAGCAGCCCGCCGCCCGAGCGAGACAGCGGCAGCAGACACCCCGUGAGCCCUUCCAAAGUAAAAUUACCCUGCCAGUCCCUCCAUGCAGAGCAAGGGCCCUCCGAAGUCGAAUUAAAAUUAGAAGCCCUGACCCAGCGUCUGGAGCAGGAGAUGGAAACCCAUCCCAAGGCAGAUUACUUCGGAGCAUGUGUGAAGUGCAACAAAGGUGUGUUUGGAGCUAACCAGGCUUGCCAGGCCAUGGGGAAUCUCUACCAUGAUGGCUGCUUCACCUGCGGAGCCUGCAGUCGCAAGCUGAGGGGCAAGGCCUUUUAUUUUGUCAACGGCAAGGUGUUCUGCGAAGAAGACUUCCUGUAUUCUGGUUUCCAGCAGUCAGCUGACCGGUGCUUUGUUUGCGGACAUUUGAUAAUGGAUAUGAUCCUCCAAGCUUUAGGGAAGUCCUACCACCCAGGCUGCUUCCGCUGCGUCAUUUGUAAUGAGUGUCUGGAUGGAGUGCCCUUCACCGUUGACUCGGAGAACAAGAUCUACUGCGUCAAAGAUUACCACAAGGUUUUAGCUCCCAAAUGUGCGGCAUGUGGACUUCCAAUCCUGCCAUCUGAGGGCUCAGAUGAAACCAUUCGCGUUGUGUCUAUGGACAGAGACUACCACGUGGGAUGUUAUCACUGCGAGGAUUGUGGGCUGGAACUCAAUGACGAAGACGGGCACCGGUGCUAUCCCUUGGAAGACCAUUUGCUCUGCCACUCCUGUCACCUCAAGCAGAUCGAGAAAAGCCCCUCCGCCGCGGGUGUUCGCCAACAGCACUACUAAGUCGGGCGAGGAUUUACAAACCGAACCUGAGUCAGGCCAUCCUACUGGCCCAGGACUGAGAUUUCGUUGGAACUGUGAUCUUGAGCUAGGCAGGCCCUAAAUCGACAUCUCCAAGUCCAGCAGAAAUCGCUUUGUAAAACCAGUGUUGGAUUUUAAUGAAGCCCAGGAGCCUCCCUUGGUUACGGGUUCAUCCUUCUAGAUUUUACGGGUGAGAGGCGUCAAGGAAUUGGGCGUGCCCCUUCACAUCCUCCCCUCACAGUGGGCCUGGGCUUACGCAGAUACUGCCUUUGUGGUUCAACAUCCUCUGGCAGAAGAACAUAGCAUCUCUGGCACUGGGCUCUAGGAAGACGUGCCCAGGAAGCAACGCUGAGAGACUGCAUGGAGCGUUAAUUUUAUUUGGCUUUAUUAAUAAUAAUGAUAAUAGUAAUAAUAAUACUAAUAACUGUGUGGUAUUUAAGGGCUGCCUGUGUUCUAAGCCCUGGGGUGGAUACAGAGUAACCAGAUCAAACAUAGUCCCCGCCCCAGUGGAGUUCACAAUCUAAGCAGGAGGGAGAGCAGUUAUUGAAUCUCCGUAUCACAGAUGAGGAAAUUGAGGC